GAUCGAGCAAGCAUGCAUAGUGUCAGUUUCAUCGGCGAUGCCUCCUGAGCAUUAUACGAUGUACGACGUCGCCGUUCUUUCACGCACACACACACACACACACACACGCACGCCCUCCGCUCUCCCCUUCUCUGUGAGCGUACGCCCGCGGCUGGCACUGUCACGCUCCGUCGGAUUUAUCAGAUUUCAUGGUAGGGUGAAUGAAUGACGUCGGUCGCCAUGGAGGAGUGUAAUGGUAAAAGGGGGUGGGGGGAGGGGGUUGACGGACACGGAGUUUUGGGGCCCUCGGGACCGUCUAUCUAUGCUCGCUAUACUCCGUAUAGGCUUGCAAUCUUAGUGUAUCCGUACAAAUACAUACAAUAUAUCGGUUACUAUGUGCCAGAAGCCCACACGCAUUCCCACUUUGCUUGGGGGGCAAUGCUUCCAAUCUUGAACGUACAUUGUACAUUACUAUAUACAAAACCCAAUACUUGGAUUGGAGGGGUCACGACGCCAAGACUCAACUCACAAUGUUUAAGAAGGGCCGAGUCGAGUGCUGGACUAGACUAUACUUUCGGCCAGGACGAGAAAGUGACUUUGAUGGUGCGUGCGGUUGCAUUCCGCGAGAUGACGAAGCAGGGCGCUAGUCGCCGAGGAGAUUCUUGUCGGUGCUCACGCAACGCAAGCGUGCCCUUCCGCUGGGUCACAAACAUCCAAGCUGCCACAACCCGACGAUCUCGUUCUUUCCUCGCAUUUCCCAGUGGGACUCUGCCAGGUGGUGGUGGUGGUGCUCGCGGCAAAGGAGGCGGGCGGGCGGCGGGGGCCACGGCUCCCGGUCCUCUACGAAUACUCAAAACGCCAACGAGGCAGGCCUUGACGAGCGGUGGCGGCCCUGGUGGAUAAAACGCCCUGGGGUAAAGUUGCUUCAAGGGGUCUUGGCCCGCCGG